AAGUCUUUUCCGUAGGCCGGAAAAAGAAAAUGGUGGCCAUGGUAGACAGGAGGCUUCUGUAGACAGAAAGAUAGAAAACGCUUUAUCUCUGUCUUCAAUCUCUUGGUGUGGCCAUUUUUCUGAGAGGAACAAGAUGGCGGACGCCGCCCAGGUGAAGAAAGCAGCUGUCACGGUGCUGACCUACGUGGAGAAGGUAUCCUCCUUCGCCUCGUCCAUCGACCCCAUCUUUGGCAUCGUCUCCUCCCUGGUGGGAGUGGCUCGCAAGGGCCUCAUGGACGAGGAGGGCCACGAGCUGGACAAGGACUUCCAGGCCAUCCACACCAAGCUGGAGAGCAUCUCAGAGAAGAACCGGCAGUGCCUGACGCAGAUCCGGAUUGACGAGGUGAAUGAGACCUUUGGCAAGUACGAAGAGUACAUCAAGCACCAGUACGCCGCCUUUAACGCCAUGGUGGCCCAGAUGAAGAAGGACCCGGAUAACACGCCGCAUUACAUGGAGAACUUUGAGCGGAUCUACGAGCGGGACAAAAUGGACACCGGCCUGGACGUGUACUACCGCGGCGUGAUGGGCACCGGCUCGCUCUUCAGCAGGCCCCUGUUGAGAGUGUACCUGGAGAACUGCGACGGAGACCCGGAGAUCAUGGAGCGCCAUUGCUCGCAUGUGGCCCACCUCUUCCACAUGGGCCUCAUCGCCCUAAUGGCUUACACCGCGGUCACCGAGGAUGACGAGGAGGAGGUGCGCGAAAAGUGGGCUGCCAGGGUGCACGACAUUCAGGCAAAGAUGCAAGAGGUGCUCAGUCUGUGCAAAGACAUGGAUCCUGAUCCGGCAUCCGAUGACAACAAUCUUGCUUCCUGAAUCGGGACCGAGGAGUCUUGACCCACCACACAGCUGUGGACCAAUAUAAACGCAGACCAAUCAUCUUAUUAUACCAAAAGAACACAUGUAACCUCAGCUUUGUUUAUCUUUGAUGUUACUGUAUUAAACAUGGCAUGUUUUUGGUUUUCAACAUGUUUGCUAUAAUCACUUCAAAUAAAAAUAUUGAUGAAUUGA